AUGGCAAUGCCUGAUCUCCAAGGCGUGUGGGAGACCGCUGUGAGGGAGGUAGCUCUGGAAGGCAGCAACGGGUGCACGCUGGAACGCCUCUGGAAGCUUGUGGAAUUGGAUACGCCAAGCCAGCAGGGUGGGUCUGGGUCUACACCGCAGCAACCGGGCGAGGAACAACCAGACGACGACGGCAGUGACCCACGAGAAUUCGUCAAGGCAUGGCUGUGGAGAUCUAUCGUGUCGCGGAGGGGUAGGGAGCUUUUUCUCGCCACGUACAACGACCAGGGGGAAUCCAACAACCUCAAGCGUGGCGAUCCCGAGGACUCUCGAUUAGCGGCGAUCAAGGACAUUCCCACCCUUGAAAAGGAGCAGAGGAGCGUGGGCGUCGUGGCGUCGAGGCCGGUGCGGCUGCGAGCCCUGGGCCUAGACACAGCAACCCUGAAGAGCGUCACCCUCGUUAGUCCCGCCUACCUUCAAGUGCUCGAGGUGGUGGGACGGCACCGCGGAUGGGGGGCUUCGACUGCCGAGGUGUUGGACGGCGUUAACAGGAUCAUCGGCUCCGACAAGAAGGACGACUACGUCGAAGUCGUCACUACCCAGACGUCCAAGUACCGUGUCCCCAACAAGACUCGGGAGGGGGCCUUCCUAGGGAGCCAGCGCAUUACCGCGAUGCAGCUCUACCCGGUCUACGACAGGCUGGCGUCGACGGGACUUAUUUUCAAGAGCGUCGUGCAGAAGCCGGCUACCGACAACGAGGAGAACGGCGAGCAGAAGGACGGCAUGUUCCGUUUCGUGGUCUUGUACCUCAAGCGCUUCAAGGACUCAAUCCUCGUUCCCCCAGGGACCAAGCUAGAGCCCACGGCGAAGGAGGUUUUCCUAGAGAUGCUCGUGGAGCACUUGCUGGAGGCAGGGGGAUCGGGGGGCAUCGUGCCGUGGUACAACAUCCGGAAAGACCUCUUCCUCGACAAGAAUGCCUCUGGAAGGUUGAGGAACUUCCUCAAGAAGGAGAACAAGAUUCCCAACUUCCCCAUCAGGAUCCAGCUGCUGGAUAUCCGCGCCAUGGACUACGUCAACAGCAGGAAGGGCCGGCGCCUCGAGUGGUGUGUGUCUCUCAAGGCGGCAGCUGCACUGCUCCAAGCGACCCGCCGUGAAGAUCGUGGACUUCUUGGUGAAGAACCCGAACGCUUACGGGAUCUGGAAGGGCUACACAAGGACGGGGCUGGGGCUGGAGGCGGGGCCGCUGGCGGAGCAGCCGGAGCCGGGCUGGGUGACGUGAACUGGAGCGACGACGACGAGCUCGACGCCAUGGUGGACGACAUCGGCCGGGAGGUGGACGAGGCGGCCGCUGCGGCUGCGGCGAAGUCCCUGGACAAGAUCAUCGUAGAUCGGGUGAAGUUCGAGAUGAACCCCGUGUACCCGCCGGAAGGGUGCUCGAUGGCCGAGAGGCUGGCCUGGCUCCAGAUGACCCCGAAGGACAGGCGGAAGUCCUUCGUGCUGCACGAACUGGGGCUCUGCAAGUCGAUCCCCGUGCUGAAGGUGAUCCAACUGAUCAAGCUGCUCGAAGGGCCAGGACCUAUGCUGCAGAAGGCCACUCUCGACACGGUAGUCGCGGAGCUGGUGCAGGAGGGAAGGAUCAAAACGGCAACUGCUCCACAACCCGAGCGUUGGGCAUGGCGCGGUCGGAUGAAGACCUUCGGGCACGGGGAGAUGGUCCUGCUCCCCGACGCCAAGACGGACCCAGAGUCGCUGGCGGAAUACGCCGAGAACUUCUACGCCGUCGAGACGGCCGUCCACCGAGAGAGCACCAGAAUCAAAGCGGGGGAGCGCUACGGCGCGCAGUACUCGUGGGACGGCGUCAAGUCGCCAGAGCGCUUCCUCAUCUACAAGAGAAAGAUGCACCGCACCAUGAUCCUGCACCGAGAGCUGCUGCGAUGUCUGACCAGGCUGCCCGGCCAUAGGGUGGGGUCUCGCGCGCUCGACCUAGAUCGGGUCAUACUCGACACGCAGCUGAGCACCUUCAUUACCAUGUUCGGCUGCCCCCCGAACUACCUGCACUCGAAAGAGAUGUACAAGGUUCUCAAGAAGGCCGAGAGCAAGAAGGCGACCAUCCGGCAGGCCCCAAGGGCUAUCUGGGAAAUCAUGCGCACCGUCCCGUGGUACAAGGAAGCGCUAAUGAGCACCCUGCAGACCCUCCACGACAUGCGCAUUCUCACCAAGAUGGACUCCCCGGCAGCCCCGUCCUCCUCCUCCUCCUCCUCCUCCGCCAGCGGCGGCGUAACCUCGACGAGCGCGCCUUCGAGCGGAUCGGCCAACAACAACAGCAGAACCGAGGGGGGAGCGCCGCCGUCAAGCCUCCCCGGCGAAGACCCUUUCGCCUACCGCCACGCGACCGCGCAGGUGGUUCCGAUCUCCACCGACGAGACGACGGGGAAGGCGGUGGCGGUCAGCGGAGGGGGCGACGGUUCGGCGGCGAUAGACAAGUUCCACAAGGCGGUCGAGGCGGCGAGGGUGGCGCGGCAGGACGCCCUGCAGUACUCCCGGACGCCCGUGGCCCGCGACACCACCCGCGGCAUCAGCCGGGACAAGAAGGCGAGGUCCGCGGCGGCGGAGGCCCUCCUGCGCGAGAAGUCCCCGCCGAAGGAGUUCAGGAUGGGCCUCGGGUGGGCUGUACUGCACGUGGACGUGGUGAUCUACACGGAGGACAAGAGCAUGGCGCAGCCGAGGAGGGUCCCCGGCCACAUGCAGUGGAGCAACUUUUGGAACACCUAUCAGUUCUUCGGCACGGGGCAGCGUGCCAAAGAGCUAGCGAAGCACGAUAGCGUCAUGAACGUGGCCCUCGGGGUGACGGAGGAGGUGGCUCAGGUGGCGCACCCGCUAGCCUCGUGGCUGCUCAAGAAGGCAAGGGUGCCGCAUCUGACGAACCCCAAGGAGUGGGGGGUAGACGACGACGAGCCGGAGGAGGAGGAAGAGGUCAACAGGUGGCACUGGGCCAAGAAACUAUGGACGGCGGAGCAGGACAUGGCGCUCAUCUUGGCCGUGAAGAACUUCCUGCCAAAGCCCACGUACCCCAACUCCAAGCCUUCCGGGCCCGGUCGCGACGGGUACUCCUCCUCGAUGCGGCAAGCGGUGCAGCCCGUGGCUGACAUGGUGGGGAAGUCGGCCGAGGCCUGCUGGAGGCGGUACAGGAACAUCGCCAACGAGCAGGCCAAGUAUGCCGCGCAUGGCGAAGCUCUACCCCUGCCGGCCAACAUGCGCACCCGCAACAAGAAGCGCUCACUCGACAACGAAGACGACGGCGGCGAUGGCAACGAUGCCGAUAAUGCCAAGUCGGGGUCUGGCAAGAAGGAGAAGAAGAGAAAGGGGAGGAGGACCGGGUUGCUGGCCAUACAAGGGCCGCUGAUGAUGGCUGACCUGGGCCACUUGCAGUUCCGAGCGAGUGAGUUGAACGAGAGCAGGAAGAAGGCCAGGGAGGAGGCCGCUCUUGCCAAGGCCGCGGGGUUCGAGUGGGUCAACGAGGAAAACUCUUGGGAGGAGGACGGCCGUGCCGGCGGCGUUCUUCCCCGGCCCUUCGACAAGUGGGCCUGGACCACGGAGGAGCUGGAGGCCUUGGUCGCAGUCAGGCAGCUGCUGCUCGUGCCGGCGGCCCGUUUCAACCCGGCCCAAGCACUCGAGCGGAUGCGAGUCUUUCGGCCACCGACGCUGCAGAAGGCUUACCGCUCCUUGAUGGCCUCGAGGCAGAUCGACAUCGCGCAGGCUGCCUGGGCGGCGAACGACUACUCGGUGCAGGACAGCGUGGACCACGAGGUGUACAAGAUGGUCGGCAGGCACGGCAAGGGCAUGGUGUCGAGGGGAAUCGUCGCCGCCGGACGCCUGCACGCCUUGGGGAUCGCCGACGAAUGGUCGAGCCCUCUCCCUACCUUCGAGAGUAGGACGCCAAGCAACAACAUCAUCGACAACCCCAUGUGGCUGCCGCUGAAGCUCCUGUGCAGCCCGCCUCGUCCGGAUGACUACACCACUCCUCAGCCUCCCGCGGCGCGCCCGGCCUCUUUGGCGGUGAAGGACGUCGGAGGCAACCGCACGAUGGUAUCGAACCUGCUGGAGUCGGUGGUGUCGGGCAGAGCCAGCUUCGCGGUGGGAAUUCCCGCGUCGAGGCCGACGGCUUUAGAGGUCGGCGUCAGCGUCGACGGCAUGGGCAUGGGUGACGGGGUUCGAGACGUUGGCGGCGGUAGCGGCAGCGGUAGCGGUAGCGGUAGCGGCGGCGGCGGUGGUAGCGGCUCGGCUACCGACGCGGCUGCUGGCACCGCAGUGCCUCCAGCCACUCGCGUGGGCAAGACGGCUAGCGACGCCGCCGCUCCCGCGGCGGGAACGCCUCCGCCAUCGUCAUCGGGCGCGGCGGCGGCAGCAGCAGCCGCGCCACCGCGCCUAGGUGCGGAAACGGCCGUAACAGGGGGGCACCCGGCGAAACCGGGCGUCGGGAACGAAGCGGCGCAAGGAACGGUGGUCGCCGGUCCCGCUGCUGGCGGCAACAAGAAGGACAGCGCCGCCUCGGGCCUGCAGGAGAGCGUUACCACGGCUACCAGGUACAGGUCCGCCAGGUGCAUCGAUGCCGACAUCAUGGCCACCGUCGAUGCGGAAGUCAAGCCGCGGGACGAUGGUUGCGUGAGCGCCGAGCCUUGGCCCGCUCACGCCGUGGAAGGCGGCAGUGGUCGCGAUGUGUACGCGCCGGAGAUGGGGUGGGGGUCGACGGCGACGAGCGAAGGGGCCACACCUACUGAGGAUGACGGAGUUGCGACGAGCGCCGUGGUGGAAGCGCUGAAGAAGGCCGGGAAGGAAGGGAUGACGCUGUCGCAGCUCUGGGGUGCCGCACGCCGUGCAAAGGCGGCAACGGUCGACGCCGAUUCCAUGGACGAAGAAGAGGCCUCGGAGAGCGCGACAACAAAGGGCUGGAAGGGUAAAGGGAAGGGGAAGAAGAGGUCGGGGCCGGCAGCGGCGGCCGCCGCACCAAGCAGCCCAGGGCUCGCCUUGAAGGACGGCGUGAAGCGCAAGGUUUUGUUCCCUUGGACGACGUUCGACGGGGAGGUAGACCUAAGGUUUCUCAAUCGGGUCCGGCAGGGGCUAGUGGCCUACGUCAGGUCCAACCCCGGUUGCCUGGCCGCAGACAUCAGGGAGGCGGAGGUGUCGUUCUUGACCAUCGGAGAGACGAUGCUGCUGCUGAGAGACCUUGUUAGGAGGAAGGUUCUUCGCGACCACUUCGUGCCAGACACCACAGCGGUGGCGCUCGCCGGUGGCUGGGGGCUUUCACAACAACAGCAGAGCGGCGCGUGGGCGGCAGGAAGCGAACGCGCCUCGGAACAGCACGUGCGCAUGGCAGCGACGACCUCCUUCUCCACCGCCCUCGGCUGGCAGGGCAUGAUGGCGAGGAUCAAGGGAAUGGCGGAGACGACUGCGUGCCAACCAAUGCCGUGUCGCUAA